ACUUUCACCGUUCCUCUUUCUCUUGUCGUUUAGGUUAAAUGAAUUGCUCUAAAUUUUGUGUUUUCAAAUACAGUGUAUAAAAGCGGCGGGUGUUUCUCUUUUAAUCCUCCAAGUACUUUUUCAUCUCAAUCUGUAGUUUCCAGGGUGUAUCAGAAAUCCUCAUACGGAGCUCUUUUCCCAGAAUAUCAACCCACUUUCAUCGGACGCUAUCUCGUAAAUUCCACCUAAAAAUUAUAAAAUUGAACUCCUCCACAAUCAAUCAAUCAGAGGAUAAUCGCCGGACCAUCUCUAAUUUCUCCAACUAAUACUACUGCAGGCUGUGGGACUCGCUGAUUUUGGCUCAAGAAAUUGUCAAUAAUCAUUUACUUGAAGCAUAAUUACUCCAAGAAUUUUAGGAUUGUAUAUUUCGUGAAUUCGAACAAGAAUUGCCCGUGACCAGUUGCCAUCUGAUGUGCUAUAAGGUCAACUAAAGACACUGUAUUAUAUCAUUUGCUAAAUCAGAGCGUUAUAAGAUUCAGAUCCCAUUUUAUAAGGUUCUGAAGCUGCCAGUAAAAGAGAAACCUCAGUACCUUUUCCUGGUGAGUAAAAUUGAAUGGCCUAUAUUUGUAUUCAAGGAUGUGUUGUUAUUGCCUUCAUAACAAUCUGAUGUCUGUGAUCUGUAGUGAUGAUUUAUGUUUGUUAAUGCAGUUAUCACUGGGUUAAGUUACUUUCUAUGUCAGUUCUGUCUUGUGACAUCUUUCAAUUUCUGUAGCUGUUGAACAUAUUUACUGUUUGUAUAGUAGGUAUUCUUCGUUUCUUUUUGUCUGUGUGAUUAAUCAGGGAAUUGGUUGUGGAGUGCGUCAGGCACUUCCCUGUCUUGUUUCUUUUAGUUGAGUACUGGAUUGUUUUGGUAACUAUCAUCUCUAACACUCAUUGUGCCAAGUAAUUGCCGCCUUUCUCAAUAUCCAGGUAACUCAUACAAAGAGGUAUUUUUAGUGCUGUCAGAGGAAUGAAUUAGGGAGAAGUACAAUGAAAUUAAAGUGACUAAGCACCAUGAUUUCUGAACCUUGUAGUUAUAUUGGCUUACGUUUGUAUCAAGUAAUCUCUGUGUGCCCUUUGAGGUGGAUCCUAAAGCAGUUUUCACCCUUGAGCUGUUGUCUAAUGGUUACUAUGGUGACAAAUGCAUUUUGGAUUUAUUAAUUGCGCCUUCAUGCACAAUGUUUUAGCGUGCACUUGAAGUGUUCUAAUCUCAUUCCAUAUGUUUUACAUAAUGAAUUUGUUAUAGUCAUGGUUGGUCUCACAGCAAUCAUGCCUGCCUGUGAGUUACUUUUAUUAAUGCAUUUGUCUCUUUCCUUCAUUAUGAUUAACUUGAGGUAACGGGUGAGAAACUUUUGUUGUUCUCAAUUUAAAGUGUCUUUGCUUUUGGAGUUUUGGUCAUGACCUCCAGCGGAGGUGAAGAGAGUUCUUAUUGUGGUGAGCUUGGGUGGUUUAGAGGUUUUCUUGCAGUGAUGCAAUGCAUAUUUCCUGCACAGGGAAAUGAGAAUUUCAUGGCUAGAUGAAUAGAUUAAAGAUAUUGAUCUUCUCUAAAUGCACAAUAGAAAAUUAUACACUUCUACAUAUUGACAAUUAUAAGUGCUGAACAAUUAUACACGUCUAUGGAUUGAAAAUUAUAUUUGCUCUUUCUUUGAGUUGGCACAAUUUACAUUUUUUUCACCCCAACAAAGUGCUGCUUUGAUCCUACCUUUGUUUAAUGAUGUUGCACUUCUGCUGCCAAUUUAUACAUUAAAGUUCUGUCCAGUUUAUAUGCUCACCUUUCUGCGAAUUAAAACCAUGACGCUGAUGCAUUCAAUAAUAGUAACAUAUCACAGUGCACAUAGAUGGCUAGUAGAAAAAGAAGCAUAUCAAGUGAUGCAGAUGUAUCUGAUCUGUACAAGGAAUGGGAUGAAGCUUCAUGCCCCAUAUGCAUGGAUCACCCCCACAAUGCUGUGCUUCUUAUUUGCAGUUCCCAUGACAAGGGAUGUCGUUCAUAUAUAUGUGAUACUAGUUAUAGGCAUUCAAAUUGCUUGGAUCGAUUUAAAAAGCUGAAAGAAGAAAAUUCAGACAGCUUUUCUGGAACCAGUUUGCUACCAGGAAGCUCUCAUGAUUCGACUGGCACUUCGAGUGGGAAUUUGGACCUGACAAAUUCUAGUCCCCGUGGGGAACUCGGAGGUCAUGUGAAUCACAAUCUGACUCCAAGCAUCCACGAUGUUCAUAACGAUCUUGAUGAACGAACACGAGAAUUAUGGUUACCAAUUGAUCUUGGAGAAACCGAUAUAGAGAAGUCAGAAGAAGGGUCAAAUUUGAGGUGCCCCUUAUGCCGUGGAAAAGUUUUGGGCUGGAAAGUUGUAGAAGAGGUGAGGAAUUACCUCAACCUCAAGUCUCGAAGCUGCUCUCGAGAAUCAUGUUCAUUCAUUGGUAACUACCGGGAGCUGCGUAGGCAUGCUAGAAGAGUUCAUCCAACCGUGCGUCCGGCUGAUGUUGACCCAUCUAGACAGAGAGCUUGGCGUCGCCUUGAAGACCAGAGAGAGUACAAUGAUAUUGUCAGUACCAUUCGUUCAGCCAUGCCUGGUGCUGUGGUAGUCGGUGACUAUGUGAUUGAAAGUGGAGAUAGGCGAUUGGGUGAAAGGGAUAGAAACGGAGGUGCUGCUGAUGGUGGACGGUGGUUAAGCACCUUAUUCUUGUUUCAGAUGAUUGGUUCGCUGGACCCUGGAGCUGAGCUAAGAGGUGGCAGAUCAAGAGUGUUGCCGAGGCAUCGUCGUGCUACUGGGACCUUUUCCAGGCGCCGCUAUGUCUGGGGUGAAAAUCUGUUGGGUCUUAGAGACGAGAAUGAUGACAACGAGGAGGAUGAAGAAGAUGAAGCGGACCUGAAUAUAUCAAGCAAUCUUGGAGAUGAUGGUCCUCCAAAUCGAAGAAGGCGACGUAGGCUAACACGUGCUUCAUCGGAUGAAGGUCAGCAAUAGGCUGCAUUCAGAAGCACAUGAUAACCAUUUUUAAUGGUUGGUAAGAUUGCCUCUUGAUGAAGAGGACUUUGGAGUUAACCAGGGAACCUGGUUUUGGGUAUCAGACAGCACUGAACAGAGUGGUGGAUGUAGUGACAUAUCCAGGCAUAUCUAUCUAGGAUUUGAUGCAUGUGUGAUUCCCUUCAUUGGGGAAAGGGAAAGAAUCAUUAGUCCCUGCUUUGGGUCUCAGUGUUGUUUGUUUUAGAUUGGGGAUGAUAUCUCCUGUCAUUUCUAUUCAAUGUCUUGUGUUUAUUCAUGACAUUUAGGAUGUAAGCUUGAAAAAACUACGUUUGCAUUUUGGACAGUCUGAAAAUGUGUAUGGGGUGAUGUAAUGCGUAUUUGGUAUUGUUUUUAAAGAGAUUUUGAAGGUGUUU